UGAAUGCAGGGUCCGGGGAGAUCAGAUAUAGUGAAUGCAGGGUCCGGGGAGACCGGAUAUAGUGAAUGCAGGGUCCAGGGACCGGAUAUAGUGAAUGCAGGGUCCAGGGAGACCGGGUAUAGUGAAUACAGGGUCCGGGGAGAACCGGAUAUAGUGAAGGCCGGGUCCGGGGAGACCGGAUAUAGUGAAGGCCGGGUCCGGGGAGACCGGAUAUAGUGAAGGCCGGGUCCGGGGAGACCGGAUAUAGUGAAGGCCGGGUCCGGGGAGACCGGAUAUAGUGAAGGCCGGGUCCGGGGAGACCGGAUAUAGUGAAGGCCGGGUCCGGGGAGACCGGAUAUAGUGAAGGCCGGGUCCGGGGAGACCGGAUAUAGUGAAGGCCGGGUCCGGGGAGACCGGAUAUAGUGAAGGCCGGGUCCGGGGAGA